AUGUUUAGUGGCGGUCUCUCACCACAACGGCAUCACUCGGUGCCAAAUUUAAGUGAUCUAGGAACUCCAAAGCGACAUCCUUCGGGUGGAUAUCCGUCCAGUCCCUAUCCCUCAGGGAGCUCGUCUCCAUCGCCUAAUGGCCCAAUGGUGGCCUCCAGUCCGAUGUCGUUCCUACACAAUCGCGACAUGGCUCCAAGUCCGCUUCCUUCAUCCUCACCGUUUAAAGCUCCCCUUUCAAAUGGAACUCAUGGUACGGGAAUGGAUGUUUGGUCUUCACCCAUUCAACCUCCCAGAACGGGGUCGUGGGCCAGCCCAUCCUCUGGGAAUGGACCAAUUUCAGUUCAAUUUCUUGAUCUCACCCCUGAAGCCUCCAGCAGUAAUUUUCACACUCCGAAUCGAUCUUUUUGCUCGCGAUUAAACAUUUCCAAUAACAUGCUGGAUUCCAGCAAAAGGGGGCGGCCGCGGGCUGAUCUCAUUAACCACCUUAUGAUUGAAGGGUCCAGUUCGCCUAGCGAGAUCAAGUGCAAAGUAUGCCACCGAGUCUUUCCGCGGGAAAAGUCCCUACAGGCACACUUACGCACCCAUACAGGGGAAAGGCCGUACACCUGUGAUUAUCCUGGAUGCUCCAAACGCUUUACACAGUCCGGUCAAUUGAAGACUCACCAAAGACUUCAUGCUGGAGAGAAGCCUUUCGUUUGUUCUGCUCCCGGAUGUGGAAAUCGGUACACUCAUGCCAAUCGACAAUGUCCCAUUCAUCCGUUGCACAAGCCUCAGAGAUCUUGUGAACUGGUUCUCCAGCCAGUCUUUGGCAAUGGAGAGGACAAGGAGGCUGUACUAAGGUGGCUGGCCAAAUACAAACAGGAGCGGGAAGAAAAAACACCUGGAAAACUCCAACAUGGAGAAAUACGAGUGGAAUCUCCAUUUUUGGACAUCCAUCGGUCCAUGAAUGUAACACCCUUGGGGCCUACCAAUCUCGGGAUUCCCAAAAAAUCAAAGACGAAACGAGGCUUGGUCGACGAAUUGGAGCAAGAAAAUUUUCCUUCGGCUUGUAGUGAUAAUGCACCUCCAAUGAGUCCCCGUAAGAUGAGCAAAUCACUACUAGAAGAAAGAUUAGUUCUCUCUCCGAAAAGAAAGACACUUUCUGACAUCACCCCUUCGAAAUCCACAUCAAAUGUGCUAAAACCUAAGAAACGCUGGAUUCAGGGAAUUGUCCAACAGGAACAGGAGCAGCAACAACAACAACAACAAUUACAGGAGCAACGUAUAACUGAAGAUGCCUCUGAUGCGUUGGUAACUCAUUCUAAUGUUGAUGUCCUUGCAAAACCCAUCGUAUGGAACGAGGAAGAUGAGGAGCCUGCACAAUUAUUAUCCAGACCAAAUCUAUUUGUGGCGGGCGAGCCACGUAGGUCACCCAAAAGUUGGAUGGUGGCUAAGACUUUGGUCGAGAUGAAACAAAACUGGGACGACAACAACCAGCCCUUAAAUUUGUCCAUGGACAAAAGAGAGGUGGAAAAGUGAAAUCUCGUCGAUCGCGUCGACUCAAAAUAGCUCUACAGUGUAAUACAUCCUUGAUUUGUGUGAUCUCUGAUUAUAUUAAUGAAAUUAUCUUCUAUAAGAAUAAAUCAAAGAACUUUCUUUGUUACAAAUAUG